UCACACGGAUCUGUGGAACCGGUUUCCACCAAAAAGCAGUGAAAACUGAAGAUCCUUAUUAAUUGCGAAAGAAUAUUAGGAAAAAAAACACACAAAAAGAUUCAACUAGCAUGGUGUUGCGUUACCCUUCCAUUUGAAAAUUGAGGUUCAAACUAAGGUAGCUAGGUCCUUUGUCAACAUCAAGAGGCCAUGCCAGAGAGACGUUUAUGCAAUUAAGGUCACACACUCACAUUCACGCUUUCCUUUGAUAGCAACUUGUGAGCUACAAUGAGUUGAAGUGAAGAUAAGAUAUGUCUCGGAGUCAAAGUGUUCACUGUCCUUCCUUCAACACUAACCGUUAAUCGCUUCACCAAAGCACGUUGCUGUUGUUGUUGCUGUUGUGAUAGUUUUCUUUCCUUGUCUUUUCACCAUAUACUGUUCCUUUGCUUCUACUCUCUCACUCUCCAGAAUUUGGCUUUUUGCUGUGAUGUGAAGCCUCUGGUUCCUUCACGUUGCAAAGUUUUCAUCUUUGUUCUUUCUUGUAUAUUGGGUUGUUGAAUUCAACUUGUUUGAAACAAAAAAGUGAAAAUGGAAACUGGGUCGAGUUCGGAGUUCUUAGAUAGGGGAAAGGCUAUGAGGGGUGGUGGCACUGGAAUGAAGCAUGAUGUUGGUGCUGCCAAAGCCAAAGUUGAGCCCUUUGUGGCAAGAAGUGAUCACGAUCCUCAGGAGUUGAGGUCUUGGGCAAAGAGAACUGGGUUUAUGUCUGAUUACUCAGGGGAAGCUGGGACUAGUGCCAGUGAGAAGUUUGAUAGUGUAGGGUUUGAUGUGAAGAGUGUUGAUGAUCAGAGAGAAGGAGGGUCCUCUCCCAAGAUAGAGAUUGAUCCGGUGCUGGGGUUGGCGAGGCCUAAUAGGGACAAUGAGAUUGAACAUGUUUUUGUGUCAAAACAUGGAGCCAUGAGGAGUGAGAAUGAGAAAGUUUUGAGGUCAAAGGAUGCAUGGAAUGGGGCAGUGGAGAGACAAAACCAGAAGAGAAAAAUUGGGGAUGAGCCUGCUUUGUAUAUGGCUGGUGAUGGUGACAAGAAAGUUGGGGUAAGAGGGAAUGGUGAUGCUAAUAGAAUGGUGGUGAGUGCGAAUAGGGAUAGUAAUAGCCAUGGAGUUUCUGCAGUUGCUCCUCUGCCAGAGCAGAAGAAGGAAGAGGGAGUCGCUGAAGAUGUUAAGGUGAAUCUGUUUCCAGAGGGGGAGGAACCUGCUUCUAGAGGGUGGCAGGGACCAUCUGGAUUGAAGUACGGGAUCACAGAAAAUCCGGGUCUUGUACCUCUUAUUUAUUACGGCCUACAGCACUACCUAUCAUUGGUUGGCUCGCUAGUAUUAAUCCCACUAAUCAUGGUACCAACCAUGGGUGGAACCGAUAACGAUACUGCUAAUGUAAUUUCUACAAUGCUGUUUCUUUCCGGCGUCACAACGAUACUGCAUUCCUACUUUGGAACACGACUACCUUUAGUUCAAGGAAGCUCAUUUGUGUAUCUGGCGCCAGCAUUGGUUAUCAUGAAUGCUGAAGAAUUUCGAAAUCUUACACAUCAUAAAUUUAGACACAUAAUGAGAGAACUCCAAGGAGCUAUAAUUGUUGGUUCAAUAUUCCAAUGUAUCCUGGGACUUAGUGGUUUCAUGUCUCUCCUUCUCAGGAUAAUCAACCCAAUUGUGGUGGCUCCAACUGUUGCUGCUGUAGGUUUAGCAUUCUUCAGCUAUGGCUUUCCACAAGCUGGCACUUGCAUGGAAAUUAGCAUUCCGCAGAUAGCAUUGGUUCUAAUAUUCACACUGCAUCUUCGAGGAAUAUCUAUCUUUGGACAUAACACAUUUCGAAUUUAUGCUGUUCCCUUGAGUGUUACAUUAACUUGGAUAUAUGCGUCGUUUUUAACAGCCGGGGGAGCAUAUAACUACAAAGGAUGCAAUCCCAAAAUCCCGAGUUCAAACAUUCUGACAGAUGCAUGCAGAAAGCAUGCUUAUACCAUGAAGCAUUGCAGGACCGAUAUAUCCAACGCAUUGUUAACUUCUGCAUGGCUCAGAAUUCCUUACCCUUUUCAGUGGGGUUUCCCUAUUUUCCAUUUUAGGACUUGCAUUAUCAUGGCCGUAGUGUCGCUGGUUGCCUCUGUGGAUUCAAUUGGAACUUAUCAUUCUGCAUCUCUGCGAAUGAAUUUGAGGCCUCCAACUCCAGGAGUUGUGAGCCGAGGAAUUGCAUUAGAGGGUUUCUGUAGUAUAUUGGCUGGUCUUUGGGGUUCAGGAACUGGGUCAACAACCUUGACAGAAAAUGUUCACACAAUUGACACAACAAAGGUGGCAAGUCGGAGGGUGGUGGAACUUGGAGCAGCUUUCAUGAUUCUCUUUUCCUUUAUGGGAAAAGUGGGUGCCCUUAUUGCUUCCAUUCCACAGGCCUUGGCUGCUUCUGUACUGUGUUUCAUUUGGGCUCUUAUAGCAGCUUUGGGCCUUUCAAAAUUACAGUAUGGUCAAUCUGGCAGCUUCAGGAACAUGGCUAUAGUUGGUGUUUCAUUGUUCCUUGGUCUAUCUAUCCCUGCCUAUUUUCAACAAUACAAGCCUCAAACCAGUCUCAUACUGCCCCCUUACCUGGUACCUUAUGGGGCUGCAUCUAGUGGACCAUUCCAUUCUGGCAUUAAACAACUUGAUUUUGCAAUCAAUGGUCUUAUGUCCUUAAAUAUGGUGGCUACACUUUUGGUGGCAUUCAUUCUAGACAACACUGUCCCGGGAAGUCAACAAGAACGAGGGGUGUAUAUAUGGUCACGAGCUGAAGAUAUUGCAAAUGAUCCCUCACUGCCAUCAGCAUAUUCUUUGCCAAGGAAAAUUGCUAAGUUUUUCUGUUGGGCAAAAUGUUUGGGAGUCUGAAUAAUAGGCUAUAUCUGAUUUAUUUUAUUCAUGGUAACAUUUACUUCUGAUCCUUGGAGCUUACAAGAUAUUGAAGCUCAUGAAGAAUAAAAACAAAUAUACUUGGAUUUAGGUGCAGCAGCCAGCAAGGCCAAAUAGGAAAUAGUUUAGCACUGAUUUUGCUUGUGUAAUAUACUGCUGUAUCACACAGAUCAAUUUCUGAACUCAAAACAAAAACAAAAAUGGAAGUUAUUAUUGUUCUUGUACUGUUGUAUAUUUAUAUUUUUUAAUCAAUUAAUGGCACGAUUUUUUGUAGAUUCGA